GGCUGAUGGGAUUUGCUGCCUUCCCCGAGACAUCUGCUGCUUCAUCUCUACCUACCUAUUUAUGUCGUCUUCCGCAACAACGUCGGCACCCCCCCUACCAUUCCAACCUAGCCGUCCGCUUGACAUGACUUGACAAUGCGUGGACGCGGGGGAUCCCGAGGCAGCAGGACACCUUCUGCACCCUGGAGUCGCCUGAAGCCGGUCGACCUGGAUCCUCUCGAGUCCAUCGGCCUACCCUCCAAGGGAGACAACAGGUUGCUCGACUUCAAGACCCAAGAACGUUACUAUACCAAGAUCGUCGAGCGGUACAUGACCUUCUGCUCCGAUGCUGGUGAGCGCGACGAGCUCCUCCGCCGCUUCGCCUCGCUCGACAUUUCGACCACCCCCGAUAAUGGGAACGGCGUCUUUGCCGCCCGAUCUGCCGCCGAUGCGCUGGCGCCGGGCGCGGCGAGCCCGCUGUCGCCCGUCGCCCCCGCUACGAUCCCGAACAGCAGCAAGGGCCUGUCCGACGUCCUGUCCGCGCUCCGAAAGUUGCGGGAGGGCAUCGUGGCCUCGAAGCGCGCUGAUGAUUUCGCCGUCCAGGCCUACCUUUUCUGCAUCCGCCUCUCCGUCCUCGUCAAGCACCCCGAAUCCUACCACCCCGCCAUCCUCCACCUCCUGCGCCGGAUACAGCCGCUGCACAGUAUGACAUCGGUCGAGAUGGGUGAGGUCAUCGGCUAUCUCGUGCUGGACACGGCAUGCCGGCGGAAUGACUUGGCCGAGGCCUUCACGAUGCGCCACCGAUACCGGCUGCGGGACGCCAAGAUCGACGCCGUCCUCGACGCCCUCGCGCACGACAACUACGUCGAGUUCAACCGCCUGAAGAAGAGGGUCGACGGACACAAGGCGAAGCUGCUCGAGUUUGCCGACGGCAACAUGCGGAAGCACCUGCUGAAGUGCUUCGGGAGGGCAUACCUGGGUGUCGAUCUGGCGUUUCUGGAACGAUGCGCCGACUCCGAAUGGGCGAGUCUCACGGCGGAGGACGGCGUUGGGUGGGAGCUAGACGGCAGUAAGGUGAUUAUCAGGAGGGCCAAGGCCCGGUAGGCGAGGGGAGAAUCCGGACGUACAUUAUCACUAUAGAAUGAUAGGUUUUUGGUUCUCGGCACAACACUCCCGCCGCAUUCGUUAUCAUCGCCAUCCCCUUGUCGGUGGGUGGUGGGGCGAUAGAGAUAGAGAGAGACAGAGGCAUAGACAUCGAAAAUAUCGGAGUUUUUUUUUUGUCAAUACGGCUACGUGCUCCACACGCGUGCCGUCUUCGACCCUGAGAUUUGCGAUACUGAUUUCUACAUCUCUUGCUUGCGUGGAAGUGUCUAGCUAAGAGGCAGUGUUGCUGGCCCGCAGCGCAGGCAGCUUACCCACGAACCGUUCCGUGCUCUUCCAGUUGAGGGCUCGCUGGUUUACGGAAACAACGAGAUCAUGACAUCGUCGCGUUCUGAUACAGCUCACCG